AUGGCCGCCAUCAACUCCUCUCUCAUCUCCCGCGAGGUUGCCUCUCACCUGGUCAAGCGCAAGAACUGGGCCGCCAAGGAGGCUGGUGUCAUCGUCGUCUUCUGCAUUGUCUUCAUUGUCGGCGUCUUCCUCAUCGGCCUCUGGAUCAGCAAGUGCAUCCAGAAGCGCAAGGCCAACAAGCCCCAGCAGAUAUAA